AUGGAGGUGGAUGGACGUUUUUUGUGUAUCCAUUUCAUCCGCGGGAGAUGCCUCAAGGGUGAAGCGUGCCAGUUGGAGCACAGCGAACUGUACAACGGCCUGAUUAAGGAAGCCUGCAAAUUUUACAUCCAAGGUAUAGGCAAAUGCUGGCGAGACGACUGCAAGUUCUCCCAUGAACCGUUGACGGAUUUGACGAGAAAGGUUUUGAAUGACUUUUUUCAAAGAGAAAAAGACAUGGAACUGAAAAGAAAAGCUGAAGAAGAGGCUUUGCAGCAGCCCCAGAGUAAGCCUGAAGCAGAAGAGGAAAACGCAUGUGUGGACAUUGUCAUACCGACUGACAGGCCCAGUUUCUACCACAGUGCAGAAGCAGCUAUCCAGAAGGAAACAUUGAUGCCCGAUGAGGAACAAGCAGCUGUUUUACCAGAGGAAGACAAUACCCCACAAAUAGACGACAGCGUGGAGAACGACGACUCCGUACACUCGGCUCAACCAGGACCUGUGUGCUACUCCGUGGAGGCCAUGCUAGGACCUCAAGUUUUCAAACCCACCUCCUGCCGAAUCAGCACCUCCUGCCGAAUCAGCACCUCCUGCCGAAUCAGCACCUCCUGCCGAAUCAGCACCUCCUAUCGAAUCAGCACCUCCGGCUGA